CGCAGUGUCGUCUGAGAGCUGGUCGGGGGAGGACGGAGGCGCCGCACCGCUCCUAAUUUAUGCUCUCCAGGGAACAAGAGCCUCUGCCAGCACCUCCCAAGAUGAUGGGCUACCAUUCAAACUUGUUCCGAGAGACAGAGCUAAUGGCACAACAGCUCGAGUCGGGCAAGGCUGUCCGGCGCUUUUCCUGCCGCCACCGCCCUGAAACUGGGAGACUUAAGAUACGUCGUGAGACCGGGCACAUUAUCUGGACCAGGUCUCAGAAUGCCUCGGAAAUCAUUACUUCUCUUAGUGAUAUCAAGGAAGUUCGGCCGGGUAAAGGAGGCUCCAAAGACUUUGACAAAUGGCCGGACGAAUCCAAGAGAGAAGACAAAUCCAAAUGCUUCGUUGUGUUCUAUGGGAAGGAGUUCAGGCUGAGGACACUGUCGAUUGCAGCUAUGGGACCAGAGGACUGCAAUGCGUGUACCACCGGGAUCCAGUACCUAAUGACCGAGGUGCAGAACGUGCCGUACAUCACCCAGCUGGAGAAGUUCAUACGCACCGAGUUUUAUAUCAUGGAGAACGAGAGGAACAGGAUAACGUUUCGGGACGUGAAGAAUUUCCUCCCCCGGGUCUACUACAGGAUGAACACGACUCGACUGAAGCUUCUCUUUGAAACCGUAGACGACCAGAACCAGGGAGAGAUAAGCUUUGACCAGUUCUACGAGCUUAUAAAGAAGGUCGUAUGGGAUGAGCAGGCUGAUAGAGAGAUGUUCAGCACCGUAGAAGAAGACAGGGGUCCCACACUCCUGGAGAAGUACAGCGCCAACAUGAAGACCGUCACCCUACAGGAAUUCCAGAUGUUCUUGGUGGAGGAACAGAAGGAGGUGGAGCACACAGCUGACGCCAUCAUCAAGAACUUCGUACAGGAUCCCCAGAGAGACAUCCAGGAGCCGUACUUCUUGUUGGAGGAGUUUGUGCAAUACUUAUUUUCCAAGACUAACGAACUGUGGGACCGUCGGCAUAGCAUAGUCAACCAGGACAUGACCAGACCUCUCACGCAUUACUGGAUAGCCUCCUCGCACAACACAUACCUAACUGGUGAUCAACUGAUGAGUUCUUCCUCCCCCGAGUCCUAUGCCAGGGUCCUACGUCAGGGUUGCCGCAGCAUCGAGCUGGACUGUUGGGACGGACCCGAGAACAGUCCCGUUAUCUUCCACGGCCACACCAUGACCUCGAAAAUCCAGUUCGUUGACGUCCUCACCACCAUAAGAGACCAUGCCUUCGUCACCUCAGAAUAUCCAGUUAUCCUGUCCAUAGAAGACCACUGUACUCUUCCUCAGCAGCUGGAGAUGGCGUGGCGAUUUAAGGAGACGUUUGGUGACUCCCUUCUUGUUGCCCCAAUAGAUAUUAACGAACAGCUCAUGCCUUCACCUGAUCAGCUCAAGAGAAAGUUUAUAUUAAAACACAGAAAACUACCAAGUGGCACGGAUGAGUGUACACCGCUGGCUGCCAACGUGGAUGAACAGGGAGGAGAGAUGGGGCUGAGUAAACUGAGUAUCAAGAGCGACCGCCUCUACCUCAAGAACCCCGUAGACUCAACAGCUUGGGAGGCUCACUUCUUUGUCCUCACGCAGGAUCAUCACCUCUACUUCACCGAGGCUCAGAAUGAUCAGGAGGCGGAGACAGACGACCAAGCCAGCUGGUUGAGGUUGCCAAACGAUGUGGGCGACGACGAGGAGCACUUACGAGAGCCGUGGUACCAUGGGAAGGUGAUAGGAGGUCGAGCAAAGACUGAAGAACUCCUGCACCAGUACAGACAUCUGGGGAACGGAACUUUCCUGGUCCGGCUGUCAGAGAACUUCGUCGGUGAUCACUCGCUGUCUUUCUGGCACCAAGGGAAGGCAAGUCAUUGUCGCAUAUACUCCCGGCAGGAGGGGGACACCACUAGGUACUGGCUGCGAGACAGUGACCCCUUCGACAGUCUCCAUGCCCUCAUCGCAUACUAUCGUACCCAUCCCAUAUGUGCCCAGAAUGUGUCGGUGACCCUGGGAGAAGCGGUGCCGCAGACCAACAGCCACGAGAAGAGGGGGUGGUACCACGCCAACAUUACCAGCGAAGAAGCAGAGGAUUACCUCGGACGCAUCCCAGAGGAUGGAGCUUUUCUCGUCAGACCGAGUAGAGAACCCGGCAGCAUAACCAUAUCAUUUAGAGCCGAGGGCUGCACCAAGCACUGCCGUGUCAAACAGGAGGACCAAUCCUUCACCAUCGGCACGGCGACCUUCGACAGCCUCGUGGACCUCAUCAAGUACUACGAACGUAACUACAUCUUCCGCCACGUAAAGUUACGGUACCCUGUGACGGAGGCUGUCAUGAAGGACUUGUUAGAGCAGGACCAGGUUGGGGGGUCACAGGCAGGGGGCUACGUAUCGUUCGUCAGCAACAUCCACGUGAAGACCAAGUUUUCCUACACCGCGAGUAUGCCCGACGAGCUGACGUUCCCCAAACACGCCAUCAUCCAGAACGUAAACAAGGCCGAGAAAGACUGGUGGAAGGGAGACUAUGGCGGCCGAAGACAACACUGGUUCCCCGCCAUAUAUGUCCAGGAAAUAGAACCAGAAAAUAUAGAUGAGAGUGAAGGAGGGAGUCAAGUGUUGGGUUGUAUGCAGAAGGGAAACUUGGACCUCCAGGGAGCCACUGCCAAGAUCGACUAUUUGCCCACCACCAACCGCUGGGGCAUUAAGUACAUAAUCAGACUGACAGGCCCGACGUUACCUCAGCCGCUGAAGAUAGGCUGCACCUCAGAACAAGAAGCCAAGGAGUGGAGGGACAAGAUAAACAUUAGACAUGGGGCCCCAACCAGACAAAACAGAGAGCUAGAGAACCACAUCAAGAAGGAACUCAGCGACCUGGUGGUGUAUUUCCGAUGUAUGCCUUUUGAUCAGGACAGAUGCUUCAAUCUCAGAGCCAACCACAACGAGGUCUUCUCCUUCCCCGAGAAUAAGAUGGAGGCUCUCGUACAGAAGCACCCCUGUGACUUGCUCAAGUUCCACAAGGCCGGGUUCAGUCGAGUUUAUCCAAAGUCAACUCGGGUCGAUUCCUCAAACUACAACCCCAUGCCAAUGUGGAACCACGGAUGUCAGUUGGUCUCCUUCAACUACCAAACAGGAGACAAGUGGAUGCAGUUAAACGAGGGAAUGUUUCUGCAGAACGGCCGGUGUGGUUACGUCCUGCGGCCCGAGGUCCACCACGACCCAAAUUAUGACCCGUCCAAUCCAGACACACUCUUGAACACGAACCCUCUCAACCUGACCAUUAAAAUCUAUGGUUGUCGGCAUUUGAGUAAAUCUGGGCGGGGCUUCAUCUCCCCCCUCGUGGAAGUAGAAAUUGUCGGCUGCGACUACGACACCGGCCAGAAGUGCUCCACGAAAGCUGUCCGUGAUAAUGGUCUGAACCCGACUUGGUGUAACCGGAUGAUCUUCAACAUCAAGAAUCCGGAGUGUAGUCUCAUCCGGUUCGUCGUGUAUGAUGAAGAUUUGUUUGGAGAGCCGAACCAGAUUGGUCAGGCAACUUAUCCGGUAACGUGCAUACGAGAGGGCUUCCGCAGUGUGCCCCUCAAGAACUCCUUCUCCGAGGAGAUCGAAUUGGCGUCCUUACUCAUCCACAUCAAGAUUACUCGAGACGACGAGUACCAGAUCUUGCUUAAACUCAGAGCGAGUCUCAUCGAGAUGUUGGAAUUUUCGAGACGCCUCGGUGAAGAGGAACGAAUCCCAACGUUAGAAGCAAAUUUGUCCAAGUUAGAGGCCGAUUUAAAACGUGUGGCAAAAUUAGGGAACAAACAACCCUGCUGAAGGAGACCGAGACACCAAGACUUCAGUGCUCUUAAGUGGAUAUUCAUUAGUGUGGUUAAAUACAGUGUUGGUAGUGGUUGUAAACUGCCCAAUUGUGUCACUGUACCUCUGACAGUUCGAAACUGCCCAAGACCUGAGUUUCUAAGCUGCCCUAAAGUGACACUAUCACAAACAUUUCUAAACUAUCCAGGACAAAGGGUUAUAAACUAUAAGAGACUGACAUUAGUGAUUCUCAGUAAUGCAACUGAGAGUUGUAAACUGCACAAAACUACUACUGGAAGUUCUGAACUGUGCUAUAAUCUUAUUAUUGGUUGUCAGUGUGUGCAACAGCAUCAUCUGUAAGUCUAAACUGCUGCUUCUCUCAAGAAUGUAACCAGCAGCCUACAGGGAAUAGUAUGUGUGUGUGUGUGUGUGUGUGUGUGUGUGUGUCCAUCACCUACUACUUGUGCUACCAUUCCUCCAUGCUCUUGCCUUCUGAUCUGCAGUCAAGAGAUCCAUAUAUGUGUGUGUCUGUCAUCUAUCCCAUUUUCUAAUGUCUCUCUCCACUUCAUUUACUAUCCCUCUGAAGUUAGUGUGUGUGUGCGUGCAUGUGUGUGUGUGUGUGUGUUACUCUGACAGUUUUUUCGCCUCUCCCAACCUUUUUUUUUUCUCCCUCCCUUGACAGCCAAUGGGUAUCUUUACCAGCAGCUGCCACUAAUUGUCAUCCAUCCUCUGAAGACUAACCCCUAUCUCCCCACCUCUCCCCACACCUCCCCAUUGUAACAUAACCCAUCUCCCCAACCCAUAUUCUCACCCCUCAACAGCUUAGAGGUGUUGUCACUAAACAGCCAUCAGGUGUCAUCCAUCCAGUAUUCUCGACCACAGGACUUUCACCCCUAUAGUCAAACUACAUUACUUAAUACCUAUUCCAUCCAACCCAAGUGUGUAUAAAAGAUUCAGCUUUGGUAAUUGAGUGACCGGUUGCACGUUGCAGGCCUGAUUGCAUCCUGGUGGUUCAUACUCCAUUUUCCUGGGGGCAUUUUUACCCAAACGUCGCGGUUCAAGAGACAAAGGAGGAGGAACGGAGUCUUGCCGAGUCGAGAGAGUACGUAGCAUCGUUCUCCGCGAGUCAACUUCUAAGUCAACUUUUCAUUACGUAUUUUUUAAGUUUGAAACAGAAUAUAACUUAUGCCUUUGUUUAAUUGUUUCAUGUUAUUAGUUUAUGUGAUGUUAUGUGUGGUGGUCGACCUUAGUACAGUACUCACCAGGUCGUACAUUAUUCCUUUAUUUCAAACUCUUAAAAACUAUAAUUGCCACUGGCUAACUGUGACUCACAUGACUGGAUACUUAACUAACUGGUUCCUGAAUGACUGUGCCAUAACUAACUGGUUCCUGAAUGACUGUGCCAUAACUAACUGGUUCCUGAAUGACUGUGCCAUAACUAACUGGUUCCUGAAUGACUGUGAACUUAAAUAACCGGUUCUUGAAUGACUGUGAACUUUAGUAACUGUUAUUGAAUGAUAUCAUUACCUAAGACCCGGUUAUCCAGGAUCCAGUUAAGGCACAUUUAUCAGGGAACCAGUUAAGACAGUUACAUUGACCUAUUUACUUAAUUGCCAGUUAUUUUUUGAUGUUUGAGCUUAUUAGAAAUUGGAAUUACUUGACAAUCUUUGACCCUGGUAAUUAACUCAUGAUUUACUGUAUAGCCUUAGGUUAAUUUUAUACCGUCGAACAAUUUACGUUACUCUGAUGUUUUGUUUAUACUUACGAAAACUUUUAUAUUAUCUUUAGUUUUCUUCUUCAUUCCGUUCUUUAUAUUUUGGGUGGUAAUUUUGUACUGGCCUUGAUGUUAUCUUGUAAGGCCUGCCCCAUUAGUGCCCUUGGCAGCUUGGAAUUGAUUGGUUGCUGGUCGUUAGCUGGACCGUGACGCCACAUUGGUUGAUUUCCUCACUAAAUAUCAGCCAAUUAGAUUUCAUGAACAGUAGUUGUGGUUGUCAGGGUAUUGAUUGGUUGAUAUUGAGUCUUGGAUAUCCUCACUCACCAGCAGCCAAUCAAUUUCUAUGAAUUCUGGUUGUCAGGGUAUUGAUUGGUUGAUAUUGAGCCUUACAUAUCGUCACUCACCAACAGCCAAUCAGCUUUUAUGACUUCCUGUGGUUGCUGAGGAUGGCAAAAAUGGGUGGAGCAUAGUGAAGAGAUCUAUGCUGUAGUUCUGGUUUAUUUAGAUUUGUUAAUUAUUUGUUCUUUGUGUUAAUUGGGGCAAGAAAAGCAAUAUGUGUAUAUACUGUAUAUGUACUGUACCGGUACUUACAAUAUGUGGGUGUACGUGCAGUGAUGUACUCAAAACCCAGAACUGGACCAUUGCAAUUUUCACCUUCUAUAUCGAUAACCUGAAGAUCCCCCCCUUGAAGUGUUUACCUGAAGAUUAGCCCCUCAAGUGCUUACCUGAAGGUUAGCCCCUCAAGUGCUUACCUGAAGAUUAGCCCCUCAAGUGUUUACCUGAAGAUUAGCCCCUCAAGUGUUUACCUGAAGGUUAGCCCUUACCAAAAGAUUAGCCCCAGAUAGUCUUAGAGGGGUUAAGCUGGGGGGCUAAUCUUCAGGUAAGCUCUUGGGCCUGUUCUUCAGAUGAUCUUUUAAAGGUAAAAAGUGUGAAUGGUCUUGUUGUUGGUCUCAAGUACAUCACUGUGCACUUGUACUUACAAUGUUUGUACUUGUACUUAUUGUGUGUGUACAUGUAUUUACACUAACAAUGUGUAUGUGUACUUGUACUUAUAAUAUGUGUACAUGUACUUACAAUCUCUCUAUAUGUACUAAAAGUGUGUGUGUGUGUACAUGACUUUUCAUGUGUACACAUAAUUGAAUUAUGUGUAUGCAAUCCUACAAUAUGUGUACAAGUACUUACAGUAUAUGUGUGUGUUUGUGUGUGUGUGUGGACUUAAGGUAUGUACCUAAAAUGUGUGCAUGUGUGUUUUUACUUGAAGUAUGAGAACAUGUACGUACAGUGUGUGUGUGUACCUAGAGAGUACUUGUACUUAGUAACUGUAUUACAACAUAGAGAUAUUAUAGAGGGUCAAUGCUCAUAGUUUCUUCCAUAUUUUAUGAGAGAAACUGUUUUCUGUUUUACUUUUAUAAUUAACAAUAAAAAAAUUAUUACACAGCA